AGUCAUGGAUGACUUGCGUGAAAAGAAGUACAUAAUGGGGAAAGACAGACGAGAGAUGGUUCGGAUCGUCGCUGAAGAUUACCUCCACAAACACCCAGGAAGACCUGGUAGACAAAAGCUGAGGGAACUCGCCAGUAUGAUUGUAGGACAAUAUCCUGCCUCCUUCAAGCUGACAGAGCCGUUUGGAAACAAACCUUUUGCAAAAGAUGGUUCUGAAACUGUCUUUCGUCAGCUGGAACACAGAAUUGAAAAUAUGAAGAGGCCACAAAGCUCACUGAGGAGGCGAGCAGGGGGUGAAAAUUCAACAAAGAAAAGGCCCAGGAAUUCAGAUCUUUAUGGAUGUGUGGCGUGGGAUCCAAUCAUUGAGGGGACUGUGUGUAGAGAAGACCUGCUGUCUAAACGAGAUGACUUGAAACGUGCCUUUCAAACCCGGGAUCUUCAGGAGUCAUCUGUUCAAAAAUUGAUGACUGAAACAUAUCCCAUUCAGCGUGAAAUCCUUAACGAUGCUGAUACCCCUAUUGCCGUUGUAAAGGACGAGUGGCCGUUCCUGUUUGAAGUUCCUCACCUGUUUGAUCAUGCAUCUAAACUUCUUGGCUUCUCUGUACAAAACAAACUGGCACAGGAACUUUCCAAAAAAGAAAAGGGGAUCAAUGACUUCCUUGACUCCAAAGGGAUGAAGACGGGCGAAGGUCCAAUACAGCUCAUCUGUGGCAUUGCAAAAUACUUCAAGGAAGACUCUUAUAAACUCUUCGACAAAAAAGAGAUCUCUGCAGAUCCUGAAGUCGAACUCCCAGUGACCCCAUGCAUCCUAGUCAGAGGUGACCAGCAAUUCAAGAUUGCUCUUGAUGGGUUACUUGUCAAUGACCACAUCACCUCUCCCAUUGUGGCCUUGAGCUACGUCUUCUCCAUGUUUUAUGUCUGCAACAUCCAAUACCCACCGGAGAUGGCUUUUACUCUCGAAUUCAUGCAAAGAGUUUUCUUUGGGAUCAAUCCUGAGCGAGGCUCCAAGGCAGAGAAGAAGGGGAAGAAACGGCACUUCAUUCCUCCACAGGUGUGCAAAAUGGUUUCUCAGCUGAAGGAAUUUGAAUGCAAGCAGAAGGAAUCUGAGUGGUCCAUUUGAGAUGUUCUCAAAGCUCAGAAAAUACCUUUUUGGACUGAAUGCACACACACACACACACACACACACACACACACACACACACACACACACACACACACACACACACACACACACACACACACACACAAUCCAAAAACAUGGGGCUUGGGAGUAGAAAUACUGAUUUUUACAGUAUUAUGUGAGUUCAGAUGUUUUAACUAAAUGCCCACAACACACAUGCUGCAGUUUCAAAUCCCCCAUGUUAAGGGGGAGGGAAGGUGGGCGAUAUUUGUCAUUCCAAGUAGAGCUUUGCCUGUCAAUGUGGAGUUGGAGGUGUAAGUUUUAAGUUUUAUUUUUUGCAGAAAUCUCUUUAUGGCAUGUUGCACAGAGUCAUCCUUCUAACGUCAUGGUUGUUAUUGCUGCACUGAUGUUUUAUAGAAAAGUUGUAUAAUGUAAUACUUCUAAUGUUCUAUUUGUUUUUUGUAGAAAGGUCAGACACUGGUUGCAGAGCUCUGCCUGUCGGUGUGAUAUGUGGAGUUGGAGGUGUAGGUUUCUGCAUCCUCCUGGAGGGGGCUCCUCAUUUUGCACUGACAGGUGAGACAGCAACAGCAAUGCUGGCAGUUUUAUUGUCUUAUUUUGUCAAUGUCUUUAACAAAUACAAUUGUUAUUAAUGCCUGUCAGGCUGUGGGUGCUAAAACAUUGAUAGAUUUGGCAGCUCCCUGUUAAAGGACAUGGCUGUAGUUCUUUGA